UAGAUACACGUGCCGAACGGAGGCGCUGAGUGUUGUCGUGUCAAAAACGUCGCUCCACAUUCUCAUCUUGACCCGAUUCUGUACCGGAAACGCUUUUCCUCUGCCUAUCUCUGUGUGUUCCUGAGCACGGAGAACAAAUCCACACACUGGCCGCACCCUUUCCUUCUUGCGGGAUAGGACACUGCGACGAGCUGCCACAGCUGCUGUUAGGCACCGGCGGGGCGGGGGAGAAGGCUAUCCGUUCCACUACUCUUCAUUGCAAUACGACGCCCAGGCUCCUGGAACGCUACCACCAUGAGUGGAUUCGAAACCAACCACGAGGAGGAGCAGUCGAUGGAGCUCGAGGCCCUGGAAGCGAUCUACGCGGACCUCUUCAGCAUCGUCAGCGAGAAGCCGCUGGAGUGGAAGGUUCACCUCGAGCCCACGGAGGGAGGGGAGGGGGAAGUCAACCACGUUGGAAUCGACUUCACGUGCCGAAUCCCCGAUCGAUACCCCGAUGAGGCCCCCGGAGUGGAAGUCGAGGCAACAAAGGGCCUAACGCCCAAGCAGAUUGAGGAACUCCAGGCCUUGGCCAAUACACAGGCAGAGGAACACGUCGGCAUGGCGAUGGGCUACACGAUCGCCGAGAGCUUGAAGGAGUGGCUCGCCGACAACAACGUCCCCUCAGCAGUGGACGGGUCGAUGCACGGGGAGAUGCUUCGGAGGAUGGCGGAGGGAGACAGGGACAGACGAAAGGUGGAGCAAGUCAAGGAGGCCGAGGCAAAGGCACGCGCGGAGGAUGAGGAGGACGAUGAGACUAUCCGCAGGAGAAGACAGAUCGACGGAACGCCGGUCACAAUCGAAUCGUUCAAGGCGUGGCAGACGGCGUUCGAGCUGGAGAUGCGGGGAGGCAAGGCCAUCGCGGAAGAACAGGUGGCCAAGAAGCCCUCCGGGAAGGAGAUGUUCUUGAGACACCUCGUGGCGGAGGAGGUCGCGGAGGGGGAGGAGGAAGAAGACGAUGUUAUGGUGGGAGACGAAGGGGCGUUCUUAGACGAGGAAGACCUGGACGACUUGAGCGACGAUGACGGCGAUGACGACGAUGGGGUAUAACGAGGAAUUGGGGGGAGGGGGAGGGAAAGAGCGGGAGAGAGAGAGAGAGAGAGAGAGAGAGAGACAGAGGUGCAGAAAAUAUAACUACCUCGUAUUCCAGCAGCGUUGGUGAGCCGCUGUUGUUCCCAUUUGCGUUGAAUGCUUUGCCGAAACACGUACCACUACUGCGCAACCACGAAGAGGGGUGUGGUGGUAGAGAUUCGCAGUGGACGUGUCUUGUUGUUCUUGUGUGCUGCUAUACGCAGUACAAGCCCAAUGCGUACUUGCACGACUGUAACAGAUGCAUCCAUGUGGGUUUGCAAGGGGUUACCGUUCAUACCGGCGGGUGAACAGCGCGUUUAUGUAGUCGGAGUUGGAGUUGAGCCUGGUUUGACUUUAUGAAAAACGGUACGAAGAAGAAGCUGGUCGCGCUGUGUACCUACACCAGAUUCUGUGGUGACAGCAGUGCUGUGUACCGAACUUUUGGACCCCCUCCGGCUGGUUUGGCACACAAUGUGAGGAAGUGCAUCACCGACUACUGCACACCAUGGUUUCUACCAUGUGCGAACGCAAGCUGAGCGCCCGUUCUUAUUUAAUGGCCAAGCCAAGUGCUUCGGGUUCCAUCUUUUGCAUGCCAUGGUUCUUACGAUGGGCACCGAAAAUCUAUGUGAAAUAGAAAAGAAAGACUGCUUGUACCAGUUCCAGAAAUAACAACAGGCCGUCGAAGUCGAAACGGCCAAUUCGAGUUGUUUUCAGGUUCCAUGUUUUAAGGUUGAAAUUCUUCUCUUACCAGAUUCGCUUUGGGUUCGCUACAAACGGUUGAAGUGGGAGGCGCAGGCGUUCUGGAUCUACACUUGCUCGUGCGGAGCUUUUUCUUUUCUGUCUUUCUUUCUUUUUUCUUCCUGUCUUUCAUCGCGUGGAUGCAUAGUAGACGAAGCAAGGCUUGGACGAAUGGAAUCGAAAGGAAGUGUGAUCAAUGUUGAUUGAUUGAUGAAUUGCCUGAAGUUGUUACCAGGUUCAUUCGCUAAAGUUUAG